CGGGCCGCUCGGGCGGCUUUUGCGUGAGGAAGAAGCGGGUGUUGGUGACCCGGAUUUAGCAACAAUUUGGGGGGGGUGGGAUAGUGCUAACAGGGGUGCGGGUGGGGGGAACGACAUUACUGAAGGCCCCAACUCCCGCAGUGCAAAGCACCAACCCCCGGAAAUACCUCCCCCCGCGGCCUGAGACAAUACAACACCCGGAUAUCGAAUUAUUAGCGCCCUACAGUCAGGCACUGGGGCCCCGUUACACUGACUGGCGCUUAGGGCCCCCGAACAGCCGGCUGUUAUUCACCCCCCGCGGAACAGGGCAACCCGGCAGCCAUUUUAUUACUCGCAGCCCGAAAACAUCUGGACAUUUCUCAACACACCCGGAUUCCGGGUCCUGCAGGGGAGGGGGCGCCGGAUAUUACGUCACACACCCGAUUUUUUUUUUUUGUAGGCACCCCCUCCCCCCCCCUCGUCUCACCCGCGGGUUCCUGUCGCCAAGGCCGAGACACCCUGAUCUAGAAUGGAACAAACUGAAGGCCCUAUGAGAGAAAGGGAAAGCUGAUGAUGCCUGAGCACGACAAUGGAUUUCUCCUUCUCUUUCAUGCAAGGGAUCAUGGGAAACACAAUCCAGCAACCACCUCAACUCAUCGACUCCGCCAACAACCGGCAGGAUGAUGCCAACAGCAGUGACCAGGCUGAUGAGGGUGGGGGCACACCCUACGAUUCUGGCCUGCAGCCGGACUUCCAGUACCCAACCCCCACCACUGAGGAUUUGCCUCCUCUUACUAAUGGCUACCAACCUUCACUGGGAUAUGAGCCACAAGGCAAAUACUAUUCUCAAUUUCCUAAUGGCUCAGCCAAUGGAUACGGUACCAGGAACUUUACCGCUUUGGAGUAUUAUCAUCUGGAGACUGCAGCUUUACGGCCUGUUGAAGGAAUGAGUAAAGCAUCUCCACCUCAGCCAACUUCCCCUCCCACCCUCCUCCAAGCUCCCCCGUUGUCCACUACCACCCCUCAGAAGAAGACGGGCUCCCCUGAAAUUAAGUUGCGAAUCACUAAGACUAUUCAAAAUGGCCGUGAGAUGUUUGAGUCUUCACUGUGUGGAGACCUCCUUCAUGAAUUUCAUGCCAGUGAGAUGACCAAGAAAAAACAUGAACGGAGGAAAGAAAGGCGAGAGAAGAGGAAAAAGAGCCGGCAUCAUCAUCACCAUCACCACCAUCAUCACCACCGCGAAGAGGUGAAAGCUGAAGAGCAGCAGCCACCCAAGAUGAAGAAACUGGAGCCUCCUCCAGAGGAGGAGCGUGUACAGAAGCACUUACCCGUUUCCCCACUAUCCCCUGAAGUCAGAACUGGUGUUUGGUUCCAUGUGGGAGACUUAGUUUGGUCUAAAGUGGGGACGUUUCCUUGGUGGCCCUGUAUGGUGUCCUGUGACCCUCAGUUACAUGUCCACAGCAAGAUCAACACGAGAGGGGCUCGAGAAUACCACGUGCAGUUUUUCAGCAGUGAGCCUGAGAGGGCCUGGGUACAUGAGAAGCGCAUGAAGGAGUACCGGGGAGAACAGCAGUACGAGCAGCUGGUAGCAGAAGACUCUGCUAAAGCGUGCAACCAAUCAGAGAAGCUCAAGAUGAGAAAACCAAGGCCCCAGCGAGAGCGUGUGCAGUGGGAGAUAGGAAUUGCCCAUGCAGAGAAGGCAUUGCGGAUGACACGGGAGGAGAGGAUAGAGCAAUACACCUUUAUCUACGUAGAUGAGGAAAAACCCCCUGAACCCAAAAAACCUGUAAACAUAGGCAAAAAGAGUCGGCGGUCCACCUCCAGCAGUGAGCCCGAGUCAAACCGCCUGUCUGAAGUUUUACCCUCACCUCCCCGACAGCCUUCCGCCCCAUCUCCGAUCUCACAUAACAAUAAAGACUCUCCGGCGGAACACAGGAGGCAAAGUCAGAGGAAACCGCCGCACGAAGAGGAGCAUCCGCCUCAGCCUCCACCAGCAAAAACGCCAUGGAAGACAGCAGCCGCUCGUAAGUCGCUUCCUGCUUCAGUGCUACUGCAUAAGGGUACGCUUGAUCUUCAGAAGUGCAACAUGUCCCCUGUGGUGAAAAUCGAGAAUGUCCUUGCUUUACAGAAUGCUACAUCUGAGGGAUUUGAACAGUUCAUAUACACAACAAAGGAAGUCGGUAACAAGACAGAAAUUACUGUCAAAGCCCCAGAAAGGGCGUUUGCACCCUCCCCCAACCAGAAGUCAGAGAAAUCCUCGGCACAGCACACGCCUGCUCCUGAAACAUCGGGGGCCACAGGACCUUCAGAGAAGAAGCAUCAGAGAAGGUCCAACCGGACUCGAUCGGAAUCUGAGAAAUCCCUAGACUCCAUGCCAAAGAAGAAAGUCAAGAAGGAGCAGGUAGAAGACAUCCCUCUUACUGCCGUACAGACUGGGCUCCAAAAAGGUGCGUCCAUCAGUGCUGAACCCAGGAAAAUCAUCAAUCUGAACGGAGCCAGCGAGAUUUCCGAUGCGUGCAAGCCCCUGAAGAAGAGGAGCCGCGCUUCUACCGACGUGGAGCUAGCAAACUCCUCCUACCGUGAUGCUUCAGACUCUGACUCCCGUGGCCUCAACGACACACAGAUCAGCUUCGAGAAGCAGACGGACAGUCCAUCAGCUGCAGCCGAUGCAGAUGCCUCAGAUGUGCAGUCUGUCGAUUCCAGUGUUUCCCAUAGGUCAAGCAGGAGAGACUCGGUUUGCCAGAUCUGUGAAAGCUAUGGAGAAUCGCUGGUAUCAUGUGAUGGGGAAUGCUCUCGCUUAUUCCAUCUUGAGUGCUUGGGGAUGGAUACACUACCAGAUGGGAAAUUUAUAUGUAUGGAGUGUAAAACAGGCCUCCACACCUGUUUCUCCUGCAAGAUUCCAAGUACAAGUGUUAAGCGCUGCUCGGCUCCGUGCUGCGGAAAGUUUUACCACGAAACCUGCGCCCGACAGUACUCUGCCACCAUCUUUGAUUCCAAAGGCUUUCGGUGCCCGCACCACUGCUGUAGCUCCUGCACUGCCGACAAGGACCCAUACAGGGCUUGCAAAGGCCGGAUGCUGAGCUGUGUACGGUGCCCGGUGGCAUACCAUAAUGGGGAUAGCUGCAUUGCUGCGGGCAGCCUCCAUCUCUCAUCCAGCCUCAUCAUCUGCAGCAACCAUUCCAAGCGCAGUGGCCACGCCUCUUCUUCUGUCAACGUGGGCUUCUGCUUUGUGUGCGCUCGAGGGCUGAUAGUUCAGGAUUAUUCCCUGGUCAGUUCUAUGUCCUUUAAGUCCCACUUUCUACUGACUGACUCAAAGCGUGCAGAGUUGAUGAAAAUACCUAUGAUUCCUUCUUCCUCGCCAGCUUACAUAAAGAAAUCUGAGAAAGGUGGCAAACUCCUGUGCUGUGACUCCUGUCCAGCUGCCUUCCACCCAUCCUGCCUCAACCUGGAGAUGCCUCAAGGGUCCUGGAGCUGCAACGACUGCAGAAGCGGCAAGAAACUGCACUACAAGCAGAUUGUGUGGGUCAAGCUGGGCAACUACAGGUGGUGGCCUGCAGAGAUCUGCAACCCAAGGUCCGUUCCUCUUAAUAUCCAAGGCCUGAAGCACGACAUCGGAGACUUCCCUGUUUUCUUCUUUGGCUCACAUGACUAUUACUGGGUGCAUCAGGGUCGGGUGUUCCCCUAUGUAGAAGGGGACAAGAGCUUUGCUGAUGGCCAGACCAGUAUUAAUAAGACAUUUAAGAAAGCCUUGGAAGAGGCGGCUAGGAGAUUCCAGGAGCUAAAAGCUCAGCGAGAAAGCAAGGAGGCGCUGGAAAUAGAGCAGAACUCCAGGAAGCCACCACCUUACAAACACAUUAAGUCCAAUAAACCUGUAGGGAAGGUCCAGAUCCAACUGGCGGACCUGUCUGAAAUCCCUCGCUGUAACUGUCGUCCCACCGAUGAUACUCCCUGUGGCCUGGACACAGAGUGUCUGAACCGCAUGCUGCUGUACGAGUGUCACCCACAGAUCUGCCCGGCGGGUGAACAUUGCCUCAACCAGAACUUCACCAAACGACUUUACCCAGAGGCGGAGAUCUUCAUCACAGAACGGAGGGGAUGGGGGCUCAGGACCAAGAGGGACAUUCGCAAGGGUGAGUUUGUGAAUGAAUACGUUGGGGAGCUGAUCGAUGAGGAGGAGUGUAGGCAGCGAAUGAAGCGUGCCCAUGAAAAUGGCACCACCAAUUUUUACUUGCUCACUGUCACCAAGGAUCGCAUCAUAGAUGCUGGGCCCAAAGGCAACUAUUCUCGCUUCAUGAACCACAGCUGCAAUCCCAACUGUGAGACGCAGAAAUGGACGGUGAAUGGGGAUGUGAGAGUCGGGUUAUUUGCCCUAUGUGACAUACCUAAAGGGGCCGAGUUGACGUUUAAUUACAACCUGGACUGUUUAGGGAAUGGUCGGAGGGAGUGCCAUUGUGGAGCGGAAAAUUGCAGCGGGUUUUUAGGAGUAAGGCCAAAGACAGCUUGUGCAACGGCAACAGAGGAAAGGUCCAAAAACGCUCGUCUGAAGGCGAAGAAGCGGAAACUGAAGACGGAGCAGAAGCAAAUGCACGAAGAUUUCUGUUUCCGCUGUGGGGACGGAGGCGAGCUGGUGAUGUGCGAUAAGAGGGACUGUCCGAAAGCUUAUCACCUCCUCUGCCUUAACUUGACACAACCUCCAUAUGGGAAAUGGGAUUGUCCGUGGCACCAGUGUGACAUUUGUGGAGCUGCUUCCUCGUCUUUCUGUGACUUCUGCCCAGCAUCCUUCUGCCGGGAGCAUGAGAAAGGGUCACUGACUUCUUCAGCCCUGGAAGGGAGAUUCUGCUGCUCUGACCAUGACCCUAGGCGCCCCCUGGCCAAUGGGCAUAGGAACAAGAUCAGAUGUAAAACAGAGAGCGAUGACUCCUUGUACACCCCACAGUUUUAAAGCAGGUGUUGCACUUACUAAACUUCCCCCCCACAGGACAAGAAAUUUCUCCCCGUUGCUAUGGAUACAAAAAGUGCACACCCCACAUUUUAAACGUGCGCAGCAGGAUUGGAUCGUCCAUGUCCUUUCUGUGUCUCUUUUGUCGUUCUUGGCGCUCUUUAUGGUUCCUUUUGUUUUCAUUUUUUUUUUUACUGGUGAAAUCUGUUUCCUCAUUUUUUUUUUCCCCCCAAGGUUGUGGUAAGCAGAUGUUGUAUUUAUUCUAUUUAUUAUAUUUUUAUUAUUCUUUUCUGGAUUAUAAAAAGAAAAACAAAAAAAAAAAAGUCUGGCGCAGGUAACCUGCUUCUUGGAAUUCCGUACUGAAGAAAAGAUGGAGCGACAUUGGGGGAAAAAGUUAUGGUCGGAUAUGGACGAACCGCCUCUAUUCCAGAGUAUUCCGGAAAGGACUCGCAGUGGGAAUAAAAAGGCACUUACUCCGCUGGCACUUCAAGAGCAUUCGUUGAAGGAUGUGCAUUUCCGUCGCCAUUCAGUAAAGUGACGUCCAUUUUCUAGAAACAAAACAAGGGAAAAGGGCGGCUUCCGAACCCGGUGUCACUUUCUGGAGGAUUAUAUGAAGAAUUCAAACUAUGUUCCGUGCCGCUCCCAUAUUGAGAAGUGAAGUCGAAAUGGCAAACCUCCCGUCACUUCCUGCAUUCGUAUAAGAGGACAAAAUGGUCCCCACCCCCCCAAAAUAGAACAUGUUGUUUCUGGAGUAUCAAUAAGCGAAACAUUUUGGCAACUUUACUUUUCAAAGGAUUAUCAGUUUAAAUUUACAUUUUGGUGCUUUCAUUCCACGUGACAAAACCGUCAACAGCGGCAAGAAAAUCCGUAAGGAAUGUUGGGGUUAUUCACAAAUGUAGGUGCUUUUUGUUUGUGUUAAGGCACUGCGCUGAUCAAAGCGGAUUGGUUGCUGUGAGUUACAGCACUGGUGCGCAUUUAGGUUAUUCUUUGCCCCCUGUUGUUCUGUCUGGGUGGCCUUUAUAGCAAGGCAAAAGCAUCUCCUGACUUCCGUCUCCAUAGAACUGAGCAGAGAAUCAUCAGGAGAAACUUCCUGCAUCAGUAAUUUUAUGUUUUUGACGUUCUUUCCAGCCAACCGCCUAGACAGAAUGGGGGGGGCACUCAUGUUAUACUUUCAUUCAUAUUAGCAGAGUAAAAACUGAGGUUCUACAGCCCUACGUUACAAGUUCUUUGGGUAGUUCACCUUUAAAUUAACGUUUAGUAUCAUGUAAACAAUAAUAUUCUGAUUCAGUUUGCAACUGGUCUUUCAUUUUUUAUGGUUUUUCAGUUGUUUAUCUUUCUGUUCACCCCCUUUCCAGUUUGGUAUUUCAGCAACCAUCUGGUUACUAGGGUCUUAUUUUCCCUAGCUACCAGGCAGUGGUUUGAGUAAGAUGCUGGAAUAAGUAUAAGGAAUGGGACUGAAUAGGUAGAUAAGUAAUACAAAGCAAUAGUUUUUGCCUGCUGGGGUCCUUGGCCCCCAUCUAAAAGCUGGAAAGAGGCAGAAGAGGAAGGCAAAUCACUCCAAAACUGAAGACCAACUAAAUAAUGAAGACCAAUUGCAAAACUGCUAGGAAUAGGUCUUUCUAUAAUAUACUAAAAGCUCACUUAAAGAUGAACCACCCUUUUAACACCCCUAAUUCGACCAUUAUCCAUAACUGGAUACCUACAAAAGUGCUGCCCUUCCAUUUGCCCUGGAAGCCCUCUUAAUUACAUCAUUGUUUGAAGGAGACGCUCAGUAGUUUAAGAAAAAAAUUGUGCAUUUGGUCUUCAGUGUUAUUUUCCGACCUAGCAACCUAUAGCAACCAAUAAGAUGUUGGCUUUGAAAAAGGUGGCCAGUAAAUGCAUUUCCUCAACCCUAACAAAGACCUGUAAGUUAGUUGCUCAUGUGACCUGCGAGACCCAUUUACAGCCCAUAUUCCCUAUCUAUUAGUCACGCUGUACCUCGUAACUGUGCAAUAUUGUCACUAUUCCAUACACACCCUGGCUCAUCUACAGUCUAAUCCCAUAGUAUGUACCUAAAUGUUACAGCCCAGAUUCCUGAAUAGCAGCAACACCCCCUUUCUUCUAAGCACUUUGGGUGGCCAUUUUGAAAUGCAAUUGCCUUUCCUGUCAGAAUGGAGGUAGCGUUUACUCACGGCUGUUUGCAGGAUAUGCACUUACUAGCUUAGGCUAACAACAUGGCAAAGUGCUCUUGUCUCUGCAAGUCUUUCCUUUAUGCCCAUUGGACCAGAAAGGGAGAGGAAGAGUCCAAACAACGGGGAGAAGUUUGUAUUUUCCUAUUUGAUUUCAUGCUAUCCCCCCCCUUUUUUGGUUCUAUCAUAACUUAUAUCAUAAUAUGGGGCACCCCUUGUGUGUUUAUUCCUUAAUUCCAACAUAUACAGGCGGGUAACUCGCUCGCUGUUGAAGGAAUAUAGCGGACUAAACACGGGCAGAUGUUGGCCAUUAUGGGCAGAUAUCUGCUUCCCAUUACAGGGCCACACAGCCCAAUUCUAAACAGAUUCAUUCCAGACGUUGGGUCUGCCUUUCAGCUACAAGCAGGUCUUCAGGUUGCUUAGUCUCUGGCCUUUGUGCAUAAUCAUGGGGUGACAGUGAGCAGUGAGUGGUAACAAAAAAUAAUGCAAUGGAGCAUCCAUAAUGAGGUGAUAUUGUGCCAAACACACCAGCCUUUUCAGUAACUGGGUUUGUAUGUGCGGGAGGGGGUUGUUUAUUCGAUUUUCUAUUGUGUUUUUCCUCUGUUAUGUGCCAAUUUUACGAUUGUACAGGUUCGUUGUAUUGAUCAUGCUCCUGCUGUUAUUUUAUUGGGUAAUGUUUCUUGCAGUGUUAGUGCGUUUCUUUUCUUGUGUGUGAUAGCCACGCCCACGGGCCCCUUUACACUAACGACAACCUCUAGAUGCUGCUAUUGCAAAACCGAUUGCCAGUUUAUCAAGGUUUGGCUUCCUUUAAUGGCCGUGGGUACGAGGGAUGUGAUUGAUUCUCAAUUCUCAUGGAACAGGAACGUUUCCUUUUUCAGAUACUCUGCCCCCCAUGCCAAUUUGUCUUUAAAGGCACGAAAAAAAUUCUUUAUGUGUAAAAAUC